AUAAUUAAAAAAAAAAUGAAAAUUUAUCCAAAAUAAAAUAAAAUAAAUUGAAAUUGGGGAUGCAUAUGUAAUUUCAAGCAAAAUUUAAACAAAGGAGAAAAGGCGGGGGGGUAUCAUGGGUGUUACCACCAACCGUCAAAACCGUCACUUUUUUUGGAGAAGUGGGAAUAUACAUACAAUCCACUGUUCUCACAUAUAUUGAAAGCACCAUUUACGUUCUGACACGUCAGCAAUGAUACAGAACAAAGGCUUUGAUUCUUCUUCGCUGGUCAGAUCAAACACCUUGAUCCAUCUUCUCUAUGUGAUCCAAGGUUUCCAAAUCGGCCUAGAAAAAUCAAAGUGCAGCGUAUAAUUUCAUCAAACUCAAAAAUUGAAAGUUUCCUAACCCAUAACAAAACAGCAUUCGAUUUUCCCAGAAAUUUUUUUUCAUAAGAUUGGAAGGAAAAUUGAUGCAUAAAAAAGAGAAGCAAAAGAUUGUAAUAUGCAGUGCGUUUGAUUCUUAAAAGAGAAAAUAAAAGAUGGAAAGACAGAGUGAUGGAACAUAUAUAAAGAAAGGUCCAUGGACUGCUGAAGAAGACGAGGUACUGAUAAACCAUGUAAACAGGAAUGGUCCAAGAGAUUGGAGCUCCAUUCGAUCCAAAGGACUUUUGCCCAGAACUGGAAAAUCUUGCCGUCUUAGAUGGGUCAACAAGCUUAGACCCAAUUUGAAGACGGGAUGCAAGUUUUCAGUAGAGGAAGAAAGGGUGGUAAUAGAAUUGCAAGCAGAAUUUGGGAACAAAUGGGCAAAAAUAGCAACCUAUUUGCCAGGAAGAACAGAUAAUGAUGUGAAAAAUUUCUGGAGCACUAGAAGAAAGAGGUUGGAGAGGAUUUUACAUAAACCAUCACCAUUAAAGUCUCAGACAACCAAAGGGAAAAAUGUUGUUGUUCAUCAACUACCAAAGGUUCCUUCAUGUAGUUCUACUAUAAUGGAAGCCACACCAUGUCACAGUUUCCAGCCCAACUAUGCAUACUUGGAUUCAGAAGAGUUAAGAAUGGUGCCAUUACCGGAUCUUGAGAAGCCGAACCUCAUAAAUUUGGAGACAGAUCUUCACAUACUUGAAGGCACACCAAUUCAGAGGGUAGCAUCUAUUGAUUCCUCUCCAUAUUGCCCUUUGUCUCAACCAUCUCAAUCCCAAUUGGAUAGCUCAGUUUUACCACAGAAUCAGGAAAUCAACCUGGAGCCUACCGGUUCCAACUUGUUCGACAUGUUCGAGCAGCAGGAGGCUCCGCCUGAAUCUGAAAGUGGUCAGGAAUUCUUCAACAGGUUGCCAUCUCUCGGAUUUAUGGGGAAAACUCCAACUGGCUUGGUUGAAAGUACAAGCACUGAGACCCUCAACAAUUUUUUUGAGGACUUUCCACCUGAAAUGAUUGAUUAUCUUGAAGCUCUUCCAAGUUCAUCUGGGUUGUGAAUUUUCGAUGGUUGGAGCUUUCGUUAUUGAUACUAUGGGGACGUCAACCCCACUUGAUUUGUAUUAACUACAUUCGUGUUUUUGUAUGCCAAAGUAUUCUGCUCUAAGAGAGUGUGUCGUUUGCAAAUGCACCUCCUUUUUAACUUUUAGAAACUAUGUAAGUUAUUUUUGUGAAGUGCACUUUCUAAAGAAAUUAACUUGUUUAUAUGAAACUUUAAAGAGAAAUAUAUCUAUAACAUACUAUACGUAUUUAAUAUGAGAUUUUUAAACUACAAUAUGCAAAAACAAACUGAUAAAAACAAAUUUAUAUAGACUUAAGUGG